UGAUAAAAACCUUUAAUAAAAAACAAAAUUUCCCCCCUUAGCCUCUCCGUUUAUCACCCACCCGACCUAACCUCUUCGAAUCCAAUCGUCCAAAAAAAUCUCUCCGAACCUAAAAUCUUCCCCUUAUGCCAACAGCAAGAAUCAAACUUGGGCUCAUCAGUUAUAGCACUCUCUCUCGUGUGCUUUGUCCAUGGCUUUCCCCAGCGAUACUCUCCCUCAAUUGCUCGUCUGCUGUCGGCGGCCAGGUUGGUCGAUUAACUCAGCUUGGGGUUAUCAGGGCCCAAAUUCUGAAUUCUACUUACAGUACAGUGGUGCAAGCUCAAAUAUCUAACCAAAGAACUGCUACAGCGAUGGUUUCAUUGGAGGAUCAACACAACCACCAAAACAGUUACUAUCCAGAGAAAAAUGCUGGUGGCGAGAAAAGGGGCCAAAUUGGAUGGAAUGUUUCUAGAAAGGAUAAAGUUAACUUUCUUGUAAGAACUCUUCUUGAUCUCAAUGACAGUAAGGAGGCUGUUUAUGGUACUCUUGAUGGAUGGGUUGCUUGGGAGCAAGACUUUCCCAUUGGAAAAAUUAGGAUGGCAUUGACUUGUCUUGAGAAGGAACAGCAGUGGCAUAGAAUUGUUCAGGUAAUUAAAUGGAUGCUAAGCAAGGGACAGGGAAACACAAUGGGAACAUAUGGGCAACUAAUACGAGCUUUAGAUAUGGACCAAAGACCAGAAGAAGCACUCAAGUUUUGGAACAAGAAGAUUGGCAUUGAUCUGCAUUCAGUUCCAUGGCAGUUAUGCAAAAGCAUGAUAGGUAUAUACUACCGAAACAACAUGUUGGAGAGUCUUGUAAAGCUUUUUGAGGGCCUGGAAGCUUUUGAUCGCAAACCUCCCGUGAAAUCAAUAGUCCAGAGAGUGGCAGAUGCAUAUGAGAUGUUAGGCAGGAUUGAAGAAAAAGAAAGGGUGUUGCAGAAGUACAACCAUCUUUUCACAGAAAAUGCAUCACUCAAGAAAUCUAGAGAGGCCUCGGCUAAGAAAAAGAAGAAACUUGGUUAGAAUAGAACUUCUGAUUAAUGAUUUAAACUAGUCGGUCAAUCACUACGACAAAUGAAUACUUCUGUAUAUGCGUUUUUGAUAUCUAGUGGGAAGGCAAACAAAAUUGUAUAAAUUGUUAAGUGAAAUAUCAUUUUGAGAAUUAGGGCGUUUGAGCCUCUGUUGGUAUA